CACACCCAUUCAUUCAGUUCCCCUGUUUGUCUUCACACUCCUCUUGUUCCAACUCCCAAGUUUCCAACCCUUUUUGUCUUCGUGCGCCUUUCAAUUUUCCCGCAAAAGGGUUCGUUCGUUUUUCAACUUUAUGGCACCGAUCACUCGUAGAACCUCUUUCCCCAAAGUCCUCAUUGAGAAAGACUCUGACUCGGAACAGAGUUCCUCUGAUGAAGAACAAGAUGAAGAAGAAGAAGAAAUACUCGUAGAAGAAGAUAAUGGGGUUGCUGAAAAUGCCAAGAUUAAGAAACUGGAACUGGGUUUUGUCGGUAAUAGUAAAGGGAAAACACCCAUUACUCUAUCUCUCCAAAAAGUUUGCAAGGUGUGUAAGAAGCCUGGACAUGAAGCGGGUUUUAAGGGUGCUACUUAUAUUGAUUGCCCAAUGAAACCUUGUUUUCUGUGUAAAACUCCCGGGCAUACUACUUUGAAUUGUCCGCAUCGGGUCUCUACUGAGCACGGUGUUGUUCCGGCACCCCGCAAGAAAACAACUAAACCUUUGGAGUAUGUGUUUGAACGCCAGCUAAGACAUGCCAUUCCUCUGAUCAAGCCAAAAUGUGUGAUCCCAGACCAAGUGCACUGCGCUGUUAUCAGAUAUCAUAGUAGACGAGUAACAAGUUUGGAGUUCCACCCGACAAAGAAUAACAUCCUGUUAUCAGGGGAUAAGAAAGGACAAAUCGGAGUCUGGGAUUUUGAAAAAGUAUACGAGAAAGUAGUCUAUGGGAGCAUACAUUCUUGUUUAGUGAAUACCAUGAAGUUUAAUCCUAGAAAUGAUUGCAUGGUCUAUUCCGCAUCUUCAGAUGGAACCAUUAGUUGUACUGACUUGGAGACUGGAAUAUCAUCCUCUCCAAUGAACCUGAAUCCGGACGGAUGGCAGGGUCCGAACACUUGGAAAAUGCUCUAUGGCAUGGAUGUUAACUGUGAGAAAGGUCUCGUGCUUGUUGCCGAUAACUUUGGUUUUCUUCACUUGGUUGACAUGCGGUCCAACAACAAAAAUGGUGAUGCAAUUCUGAUUCAUAAAAAAGGUAGUAAAGUUGUUGGUAUCCAUUGCAAUCCUCUUCAACCGGAUAUCCUUUUGACUUGUGGAAAUGAUCAUUACGCUCGUAUAUGGGAUCUGCGUCGCUUAGAAGCUGGAUCAUCACUUUGUAACCUUGAGCACAAGCGUGUUGUUAACUCUGCGUAUUUCUCUCCAAUAUCUGGAAACAAAAUUCUUACUACAUCACAAGACAAUCGUCUUCGUAUAUGGGAUUCUAUCUUUGGUAACAUGGAAUCUCCUAGCCGAGAAAUUGUGCAUAGCCAUGAUUUCAAUCGCCAUUUGACACCCUUCAAAGCUGAAUGGGAUCCAAAGGAUUCAUCUGAGUCACUUGCUGUUGUUGGCCGAUAUAUAAGUGAAAAUUUCAACGGUGCAGCCCUGCAUCCUAUUGAUUUUAUAGAUACCGGUACAGGGCAGUUGGUAGCGGAAGUCAUGGACCCAAACAUCACGACCAUCAGUCCAGUGAAUAAGCUGCAUCCACGCGAUGAUAUCCUAGCUACCGGAAGUUCUAGAUCUCUAUUCAUUUGGAAGCCCAGGGAAAGAUCCGAGCCCGUCGAGGAGAAAGAUGAAAGGAAAAUUAUUGUAUAUGGAAACACAGAGAAGAAGCGCGGUAAGAAAAAAGGUGAUGAUAGCGAUGAAUCCGAUGAUGAUGGAUUUUCCAAGCUCAAGAAGCCCAAGUCCAAGCAAACUGAGUGGAAAUUGACUCGCUGCUCGAAAAAAGGAUAACGCUAAAAUGUUCAGUUUUUCAGUUUUUUUGGGUUUGAAGGUUUUUUAAUCCAACUGCUAACCCUGUAUAGGUUACAUAACACCUUUCAUAGUUUUGUUUUUUGGGGUUGGAACAGUAAUUUUGUGUAAGAAUGCAGGCCUGGCUGGCUUUAAAGUGUCUCUUUUUUGGUACUAAACUUUUGAAUUCUUUAAGUAUAGAAGCCAGUUCCUUGCAGAACUACUGCAGCUAUAUGACAGCCACCUAGAGAAAAUAUCUAGAUAUGUAAUGUGAUGUCUUGUUGAAUAUAAUUAGAUCGUUUUUUGUUUACUUUGUGAAAAUAUUUUAUAUUUUCAUUUUCUAAAGUAUGUCAUUAAAAGCUUACUGGUAAAAGUUAUCAACUAUCUACCCAAUACUAAAAUGUAGCCCAAAAUUACUAAUUAGCCCUUACAACAAAUAUUUUUUACACUACCAAAAGGUCUUUCAUGUAAUUAACAAAUUCAAUAUUCAUCCAUGCCAUUUGUUCACCUUCAAUUGGUCAACUUAUUCAAAUUUUUGUACUUUGCCAAAACACUUUUCAGAAAAUAUAGCUUCCUCCUCACUUUCCAUUGGUCUAUUAAAAAUAAUCACUUUUCCCUCCUCCCAAUAAACUCAUUUUUUUCUAUCUCUCUCCGUUUUCUCUCUCUUUCUUUUCUCCAACCCUAAUAUUCACUCACUGUCUCUUUCUCUCUCAGAUUUGAUUUCAUUUUCCUUCAAACCCUAACGCUUCCUCACAAACCCUGCAAAAAAUCCACCAGCACUACUCCUCGAUGCACCACGAACCGUCCCCAUACUACUGCUACCCGAAAUCGGACAUUGAAAAAACGAAUCUGAUGAGUGAUGUUCCCUAUCCAUCUUUCAAAUCCACCAAACUUAAUCUGAUGAACUACCAAGCUCCUUUAAUUCAUCUUUAUCAAAAGUCGACCCCAAUGAACAUGCUUCACCGCCACCGAAGACGAAAACAAACACGAAAACCCACCAAUCAUAGGCCUUGCCGACGUUGAUUUUGUGGUCGUCGAUGUCGGAGACGGAGAUCUAGAUCCAAAAUUGAAAUCAUAGGAUGUGUGAGGACUAAUCUGAUGUGGUGCGUCGGUGUAAGCUUUUUUCGUAGAACUGUUAAUUCUGAUUUUUUUUAUUUUUCCAAUUUAACCCCUUACACGAUGUAAGCUUUUUUAGUUUGACAUGAACGAUGCGAUCCCGGAAGUUACAAUGGCUUCUCCUUUUUUCUUUUUUGUUUUCGAUUUCUUUUUGUUUUCCAAAGGAUGCUGUUUGGUUUUUCUGGUUUUGAAUUUGAUUAGAUGUGUUUUGUGUGUGCAGUUGUUAGGGAUGGUAGAAAUGAUUUGCAGGUUAAAUGGUCUUGGUAAUUAUUUGUAAUUUUUAACAUAUUUUGAUGCAUUUCAUGUGUAGUUAUUUUCAGAUCUGGCAAUAUAUGAUGCAUCAAAGAUGGAACGCAUUCGACAGGUAAGAUUUUUCUUUCCAUAUUCGUAGAGAAUUGCUGGUUGUUAACGAAAUUAGAACUAAAAUAUACUCAUAGAUGAUUUUGUUGUAGUGGAUACCAUAAGAUGUUCUGCCUGCUCCCAUAUCAUAUGCGGCAUAUUCCUGCAACAGUCAGUUAAGAUGGAACACAUUCGGCAGAUUGUGAGUGAGACAUGCAGUGAAAGUUAUGUGUCUGCUUAUCUUAAUAGACCAGAUGUUCGAGAGGCUAUUCAUGAUAAUAUCAUAAAACUCAAAUAUGAAUGGAGUCCCUGCAGUGGUCUCAUUAGAAAAUGGGUUGAUAGCGCUCCAACAACCCUUCCUCUUUUACAUGAGUUUCUUAACAAUGGCCUCAAAGUUUGGAUUUUUAGAUGGAAGGGUUCCUGUUACUUCGACUAAGUAUUCGAUUAAGAAGAUGUACCUUCCGGUUAAUUCUGUUUGGCACCCUUGAUUAGCCUAUGGAGAUGUUGGUGGCUAUACUGAAGUAUAGAAGGGAGGGCCUAACAUUUGUUACAGUGAGAGAUGCAGGACAUCAAGUGCCAAUAGAAGGGCAGCGCACGUUUGUCAAUGCCAGCACCUUACCGGUGAAGACUUCGAUAGAUGUGUCGACUGAAUCAAAUAAGUAGCAAGCUACAAGAUUAUCCGACGGUGGAAAUAGUGAUGCCAUGUAUUUUGAAGAUCCGAAGUGUGCAUGGCUGAUUGUUAUAGGCAUGGCUGAUUGUUAUAGCUUGAUUAAGUGGAGCCAAUUUGGUGCUUCACACUUUUUCUCAACGUUCUAUUUAACAUAUAUCACUCUCACUUGUGCUACUCCACCUAACAGGUAAAAGGAAGCCAUACAUCUACUUCUGAAUCAAGGCCAGAAGCUGAAGAUAUAGCUUCUCCAAAAGUAAAGAAGGGUUAUUCAAUAAAGGACAUGCUUUUAGUUGAUUAAGAAUAGAGAGUCAGCAGCAAGAUCUAGAUCUACUUAUAUCAAAGGGCUAUUCAAUAAAGAAUAGAGAGUCAGCAGCAAGAAUAUUGUGAUGUUGUUUCUGCUUCAGCUUCUAGAUGAGCAAGAUGGUACUGAGUAGGAGUACUUUUUAGUUGCUCUAUAACUCUUUGAACUUUUUGAAUAUUUUUAAAAAGGUCCUUGAACUAAAAAAUAUAUAAUUUCUCUAUUCAA